AUGCAAAUAUUUUUAUUUUUUGAACUUGCAUGGCUGACCGUGGCUUCAGUUACCUCUGGCCCAGUAUUUCAUAGACUUUUUGGUGAUUUAUUAGCAUCGCCACAACAUUAUUCAGUUAACUUCAAUCCAUGUUUAUAUCCCGUUCCAUCAAUUGACUACGAAAGUUAUAACGCUGGUGGUUACCAACAUCAACGCUCAGUGCAACAGAGCCACUCUGAACAUGGGAGGUCCUAUAAGGACAUAUGCCGCAUAGUGAAUACGAAUGCAUUCACAAAUCCGGGAAAUGUACCAAAGUGUCCAUAUUAAUAUUGGAUGGAUAGUUUAAAGA